CCCGCAAGACUAUAUCUUAUAGUACGGAUGGCAUUCACCUUUCGAUAUGAUUCCGCGCCUAGCCGGAAUUGGCCGAGAAGUUGCGAUUGCGUUUGAGGAGUUUGGCAGGGCGGCAAACACGGAUGAAGAACCAAAUAAAACGGCUCUUUUUAGGUUCAUUGAAAAAAACUUUGUUGGCAACGGUACUACUUCUGAGUGUUGUCAUUGUAAUAAACAUCAUCACACCGUCUUGGUCCCCAACACAAACCAGAACUGUUGCGAUGCAACCGAUGGACGUCCCAAAGGAACUUUUGUGGAAAAGCGACAACAACCUUCUUUGUCCAGAAAAAAGACGAAGAUUAGGAAACUUAAUGUUUGAGUACGCUAGUGCGUACGGUAUAGCACGAGAAGUUGACAAAACACUGGUCAUUCCAGUUGACGAUACAAUACGUGAUGUGUUUAAGCUUACUGCUCAUGUCAUUCCGGAGAGAUCUAACACAUGCCUGACCUUUGAGCAACGGUGGCCAGAAUUUGGUGCUGUAUAUGAUAACAGAAUUUAUGACGAGGUUAACGAUACGAAACAAAAUAUUGUGUUGAUUUCAUACUUUCAAUCUUGGAAAUAUUUUGAAAAAUACAAAAAUUAUAUCAAAAAAGAAUUCACAAUAAAGGAAAAUAUAGCAGCGCAAGCGCAUGCUAUAUUACAGAACAUUUCCAGAGGGCUCCACAAUCACCUGACAUUUAUCGGUAUCCACGUCCGGAGAGGUGACUUGUUGUUUAACGAAGUCGGAUAUAAUAUUGUCACAGGGGAUUAUCUCAGAAAAGCAAUCGGACUAUUUGAAUCGAAGUAUAGGGACACAAUAUACAUAGUUUGUUCUGACGGAAUGACCUGGGCACGUGUUGAGCUAUCUAAUGUAAGGAAUGCAAAAAUAGAAUUUGUCCUUACCGACAAAGCUGAAGUGGACUUUGCCGUGUUGGUGGCAUGUAACCACACCAUUAUGACUGUAGGAACGUUCGGAUGGUGGGCUGGAUACCUCGCCGGAGGUGACGUCAUCUACUAUAAAUAUCCCAUUAAAAACAACAGCGGACUGGCACCAGAGUACGAUUAUACUGACUUUUUCCCCGCCUAUUGGAUUGGUUUGGAAUGACAAUAUGUCACGUCAUAUACUGAAAAACAAAAUGUAUCAUAAAUUAUGACCUUUUGCUGGUUGAAUACACGUCAAUAGACAGUUGUGACUACAUUACUCUAAGCUAGUCUUUCGUUCGGUUUGGUGUUUAAAGAUUCGGGAGAAGAAGGCCGAAUGAUCUAGUAUCAAACAGUACAUCAAUAAUUGACACGUAUCAAACAAUACAACAAUAAUUGAUAAGUAUCAAACAGUAAAACAAUAACUGACACGUAUCAAACAAUACAACAAUAAUUGACACGUAUCCAACAGUACAACAAUAAUUGACACGUGUCAAACAGUAUAACAAUAAUUGACAAGUAUCAAACAGUACAACAAUAAUGGACAAGUAUCAAACAGUACAACAAUAAUUGACACGUAUUAAACAGUAAAACAAUAAUUGACACGUGUCAAACAGUAUAACAAUAAUUGACACGUGUCAAACAGUACAACAAUAAUUGACACGUAUCAAACAAUACAACAAAAGUUAACCAAAUGCAGUACCCAAAUAUUACAACAUUAAUAUACAAAAUA